AUGGAAAACUACGUAGAUGUUGUUCUGGAUAUUGAACAGCAGGAAUUGGAGGUGCCCGUUCUCAGUUCUGCGCUGUACACAAAAUUGUUUGCCUGUUAUUUGCUACAAAAUAGAUUGAACGAUGCAAAGUUUUUAUGGAAGCGCUUGCCACAAAAGUUAUGUGCCGAAAAUGAGGACCUAAAGGAAUUGUAUAUCAUCUUGCGAUCUCUUCUUUCCAAUAAUAUCCAACAGCUUAUUCAACGCAUAGGAAGGGAUUGGCCGGAUGAUAUCAAACCCAUUAUGGAAAGCUUAUUACGAACAACCCAUGGGAAUAUUCCUAAAACUGUGGAGAACGCGUAUGCAUCCAUAGUAAAAGAAAAUCUGAUUGAAGCUGUCGAAGCCUAUCAAAAAUAUGUGAAUGAGACCUCAACGAAUGAUAGCUCCACCCCGUUACAUGGAUCCCAGAAUGCAACCACAAUUGUUAGUUCUGAACAUCAAUUGUCUAAGUUGACAGGCUUUGUAUCAUUUUUGGAAAAUUGA